GAAAAGGAAACAUCGACGAAGUUGCACACGUGCAGGGGCACCUUCCUUUAUUGCAAUCUCUAUCUCUUCUACGCGUCGGUUUGAGAACUUGAUUACCGACACCGACCACCUCCUAUCCCAUCCUCAAUCCUCGUUUAUCGAAUAAUAUAGCAAGCUCUUGCUUCGUGUUUCACUUCCGACCAGACCAAGAACCAAAAAAACCAAACCCAAGUCCUUCACAUUCCAGCUCUCCGACAAAAUGGAUCUAAGGGCAUCGAUCGCGAACCAGACCGACGUUGGUUUGGGGAUAACGAAGAAGCUGCUUCAGACCGAAGGCAAGGACAAGAACGUCGUCUACUCGCCGCUCUCCAUCCACGUGGUGCUCAGUCUGCUAGCCGCUGGCUCCAAGGGCCCCACACAGGAGCAGCUUCUCUCUUUCCUCAAGUCCAACUUCGCCGGCGACCUCAACUCCUUCGCCUCCGAGCUCGUGGCCGUGAUCUUCGCCGACGGGUCACCCACCGGCGGUCCGCGGCUGUCGUUUGCCAAUGGCAUUUGGGUGGACAAGCCUCUUGCUCUGAAGGCUACCUUCAAGGAGGUGGUGGAGACUGCUUACAAGGCCGCUCUAAACCAAGUGGAUUUCCAGACCAAAGCUGCUGAAGUGGCUGCUGGAGUGAAUUUGUGGGCUGAAAAGGAGACUAGCGGCCUUAUCAAAGAGGUUCUUCCUGUUGGAUCAAUUGAUGCUUCAACUAGGCUUGUCUUUGCAAAUGCAGUGUACUUCAAGGGAGCUUGGAGUGAAAAGUUUGAGGCGUCAUUCACAAAAGAGUCAGACUUCCACCUUCUUGAUGGGAGCAAAGUUCAGGCACCAUUUAUGACCAGCAAGAAGAAGCAGUUCCUAAGUGCCUAUGAUGGUUUCAAAGUUUUGGGGCUUCCAUACAAACAAGGGGAAGACAAGCGGCGGUUCUCCAUGCACAUCUAUCUUCCAGAUGCUAAAGAUGGGCUGCCUGCAUUGGUUGAGAAAGUUGGUUCUGGAUCAGGGUUCUUAGAGCGCCAUCUUCCCUAUGAUCAAGUUUCAGUGGGCGUAUUCAAACUCCCAAAAUUCAAGAUAUCUUUUGGGUUUGAAGCUUCCAAUUUACUGAAGGGUUUAGGAGUGGUAUUGCCUUUUAGUGGUGAAGGAGGUUUGACAGAGAUGGUGGACUCAACUGUGGGUCAGAACCUGUAUGUCUCCAGCAUAUUCCAGAAGUCCUUCAUUGAAGUAAAUGAAGAAGGUACAGAAGCAGCUGCUGCCUCUGCUGGUGUUAUAAAUUUGAGGGGUCUUCCUCAAACCAUGGACUUUGUGGCUGAUCACCCAUUCCUCUUCCUCAUCAAAGAAGAAAUGACUGGAACUGUGCUGUUCAUCGGGCAUGUGCUCAAUCCCCUUGCAGAGUGAUAAUAUUUUUAUUACACUCUUGUACUGUACCUGAGAGAAUAUACAUGUAGAUCAACAUCACUCCACUCGACUCGACUCGACUCUGUAGUAUUAUAUAAUGUAUGUUGAUGAUGUACUGUAUUUCGUUAGCUGUUCCUUCCAGUCUUGCUCGCCAUGUGCCGAUCUUUGUUCGGUCUGCCAUGGCGUUUUAUGUAGUGUAGAAUCCGUGAUCCCUAAUGUUCUUGUCGAAAUCUUGGAACAGAAGUUGAAUGAGAUUUUAACACUU